AUGAGAGAAGAACUCGUUCAAAACGCAAAUCAGCCACAGUCGACUCAGUCAAUGAGAGAGGGAAGAUUGUUUUCUUUCCUCAAAACGUUCUCUUUUAUCAUGCCAUUGUUGGAUCUUAUUAAGGUUGUUAUUGCUUCCGUGGCCUCCGUUGCGCUCUUAGGCUUCGCCGGUCUAACACUUGCGGUUUCAACCGUGGGAUUCCUCGUAUCCACACCACUUUUCAUCAUAUUCAGUCCAAUUCUCGUACCCGCCACUGUAGUCACCACUCUCCUAGCCACUGGGCUCACCGCCGGUUCCUCCAUAGGAGUGACGGCCUUGGGUCUCAUCAUUUGGCUCAUUAAAAUUCAUCAUGGAAUUAGAUCACGGUUUGGUUCGAGUUCUUCCCAUGUAAUCUCAAUCAUGAUUGGUUUAAGCAUAGGAUGGGAGUACAACCAAGAAAAAAUCCACCUCCGGAAGGAGCUCCGCCCACUGCAGGACUAA